AUGCGCCGCCGAGGCGAGCCUACCGGCGGACGUCAGGCCCGGGGCCCACCCGGUGGGACGCCACUCACCGGCAGCGCGCACGCGUCGGGGGCCAGAUUUCCUUCGCGCUCUCGCUGUCGGGGGUUUCCUUUCCGAAGCCGGCAGCCGCAAGCCGACUCUGUGGUUGCGCUCCCUCCCGGCGCAUGCGUCGUCAGUGACCCCCGCGGGCUCCGACGGCCGGCGCUCUGCGUUCGCCCCUCCCCUCACUCUCGCUUUCCCGGGCGCGUCUCGGUGCGCAUGCGACUUGCCCCGUUAGGCAGCGCGGAGCCGCGGAGGGGAUCCCGGGCGUCCGAGGAGACCUCCGCUUCCUUGGGCCGCCGCCCGGCGCUAAGGGACACAGGGAUCUUCCCGGAGCCCCCUUCCCGCUCUGGUUACUGGAAAGCUGGGAGGCGGGGCCUGGUCGGGUGGAGCGCGCGGCCGGUCCGGGGAGCGGUAGCGUUUGAUCGCGAUGGCUUUGGCUUUCACCCUCGAUGCAGGGAGCGAGGAGGAGGAAGAGCUUCCUGCCGGAUGAGGGAUCUGGAGGCCAAAACGGGGCCCCUUUCUCCCUUGAAAAGCAAAUCAUUUUGCGACGCCAGGGAGGAUUUUUCGGGUGUUGGCGGGAGAAAGACUUUUUUCCCCCGCUCUAGGGACAUCACUCGCGUUUCCUCUCCUGCGCCUGGGAGAGGGGGGUUGCGAAGAUGCCUGGACCGCCGGGGACAUCUUUUCCCCCUCUCCUGGAGGAGCACGGCUUGAGUCGCUUCUUAUUGUGGAUUUAAUCUGGAAAAAUGGAGGCCUGAAGCCAUCUUUCCUCACUCACAAAUUCUGCAAAGGAAGGCAACAUAGAAAAAAAGCAGAUUCAAAGGUGGAGAUUUGGCUUGGAGAC